ACAUAUAAUGCUAUUAUACAUUUAAAAGGUUGUCUCCAAAUUAGUAUAAAAGUAUUAUUUUACAAAAUAGUUUCUAUUUAUUUUGCAUUCAUGUUUUAAUGUGUAUUCAGCAGUGAAAAUGUAGUUGAUAUUACACAUGUGACUAUAUAGGGCUUCGUUACUGCUCGGUGACUUCAUCAUCAUCAUCAUCAUCAUCAACGGGGACCGGUCAUUGAAUAUUCAUUAGAAAAGCAACGGGAGUUCUCGCUUUACGACAGAACGAGUGCGUCCGUGCGCAUGGUGGUGAACGGUAGCAAAGAUGGCGGCGCUGAAGGAGGAGCAGUGCUACGGACUGUCCUGUGGAAGAGUGAGCAACGGUAGCAAUGUCUCCGUCUUUCACGUUAAACUCACUGACAGCGCACUGAAAGCGUUUGAGGGAUACCAGGGAAGCAAGGUCCUCUCAUCACGACCAUUGAUCAGAUUUAAUGGAAACCAAGGGAAAAUUUCAAUACCACGGUCAGAGAAUUCCAGUGAACUGCAAACGUUUACUUUCUACCUGUCACAUGUGGGCAGAGAUAACCCCCAGGGCAGCUUCGACUGCAUCCAGCAGUACAUCACCAGUGAAGGGAGCAUUCAGCUGGAUUGUUUGGGUGGGAUCACGGACAAAAUUACAGUUUGUGCCACGGACGACUCCUACCAGAAGGCCAGAGAAAACAUGGCCCAGGUCGAGGAGGAGACUCGCAGUCGGAGUGCCAUCGUCAUCAAGCUCGGGGGGAGAUACGUGGGUAAAAAGGUUCAGAUCCGGAAACCGGCACCUGGCCUCUCAGACGUCGCCCCCUUAAGGAGGACAUCUCGGCCCGUCAUCAUCUCGAGCAGCACGCUGAAAAAGGGCACGCCUCAGCACAGGCCGCUCAGAGAGCGCCUCACACACCUGCUGGCCCUCAAGCCUUACAAGAAGCCUGAGCUGAUCCUGAGGUUACAGAAAGAUGGCCUCUUGCCAUUAGACAAGGACUCCCUGGAUAGCUACCUGCAACAGGUGGCAAAUCUGAAUGGGAAAGACAACACCUUCACAUUGAAGGACAAUUUGUAUAAGGAGAUUCAGAUGGACUGGCCAGGCUACACUGAAGGAGAUCAGCAGCUACUCAAGAGAAUCCUGUUUAAGAAGCAGAACCAGGCCCCCCCUCUGGAGAGCCCCCCCAAAGAGCUGGCCAGUAACUCGCCAUCUCAGAAACGGCCCGCUGCUGACUUCAUCGACCCUCUCGCCAACAAGAAGCCCAGAAUAUCCCACCUCGCCAGCAAGGCUGCAACAGCCCCAGUGAAUGGCAAGCUCGGCUCCGCCAACGGGAGAGUGGAGACGGGUGGAGCGCAGGCAGGAGUGGCGGUUUCCAUGUCGGACAGCAGCAUAACGUCCAGCUCCCAGCAGCUCCCGGUGCUGGACAUCCCUCGGCCUUUCGAAGCACUGUCAGACGUGAGCAAUGACUCCAGCCACAAUGGGAGAGACUGCGACUCUCAGGAAACGGCCGUGUCCGAGAGGCUCAGCCAACCGCCUUCGCUGUUCACGGGCUCCACGCCGCUCUCCACGCCGCUCACCACGCCGCUCACCACGCCGCUCACCGCGCAGCUCACCGCGCCCAGCAUCAUCACAUCAUCUCCGGCACACACAGUCCCGGAUGUCCCCCGGGAUAAGAGUCCUUCAACCAUUAACAACAAGUCCAAGAAGAAGUCAAAAAAACAUAAAGACAAGGAGAAGGGCAAAGACAAGGAGAAGAGCAAAGACAAGGAGAGGGUGAGAGAACGGGGGCAGGACAAGGAGAAGAAGAGUCGCGGGGAGCGAGUGCCUGAGCUGAAACCUGCCUGUGACAUGAGCCCAGCAAACCUCAAAAGCAACAGUAUUCCACACAAAAGCACAGAUCUGAAUGGGAUGUGCAACAGUACCAGUAUUCCUACGUCAUCACCCGAGGUGCCAGACUAUUUAUUGAAGUACAUGGUGAUCGGCUCUCCGGAACAGCGUCAGAGGUAUAAAACCGAUUUCAAUGCCGAGUACAGCGAGUACCGGAGUCUGCACGCUCGGAUAGAGGGCAUCACCCGGCAGUUCACGGUGCUCGACAAUGAGCUCAAACAACUCAACCAAGGCACAGACAAGUACAAGACAAUCCACAAUCAGAUACUUCAGGAGUAUCAUAAAAUAAAAAAGACUAAUCCAAACUAUAGCCAAGAGAAGAACCGCUGUGAAUAUCUACACAACAAACUGGCACAUAUAAAGAGACUUAUUGCCGAGUACGAUCAACAGCAGCUUUAGAAGUAGUUAUUGCACAGUGUUUACCUGUUGUCUCUGGAAACCACGCAGAUAAAGGAAAACUCUGGACUCCGCCUGUGCUAAAGAAGUGUUCUCAUGAAAGAUGCCAUGUAAGGAGUAUUCCCCUCAUUGGGGCCAAAGGCUCUAGUAAGGAAUAAGCAGGACACAAUGUUUUUCUCUUUAAUUUUAUUAUUUUUUGUUUCUUUUUUUGGAAGAUGGGGUUGUGCCUAGUGUGGCCAGGUCCGUCUGUGUAGUUACAAUGCAUCCAGAAAAAAAAGUUCUGUGUGGCUUUUGUUUUUCUCAACAGCCCGCCCUGAGGUCUGAAAGAGACAAACGUGGAAACUUUCCUACUUUCUCGGGAGAAAAUCCAAAUCUUUCCUGCUUUUUAAAACUGGAGGGGAGGGAAGGAAGGGAGGGUGGGGGCAGAUUGUAUGCCAAAUGCAACUAAUUUGUUUUUGAGUAAUGAAAUGAUACAUCAGUUUCCCCCCAUAUCGAAUGGUUAUGACGUUGAAGUCUCCAUCUUUGUUUUCUUUAUUUAUUUUUGACACUUAAAUUGGGGGAAUGAGUCUCUUUUAACACUCCUUCAUAUCAGUACUUAAAGCUGUCUCUUCUUUUCUGUCCUCACAUCUUGAAUGUCAGCCAGUAUUUUAUUCAGAAGCUGCCUUGCUCAUCUAAUUGUCAAAUCUGUUGGCGUUUAAUAUAUUUUUUCUCUUUUAAAGAGAUGCAGAUAUACCUUUUUGAUUAAAUCAAGCAUCUGAAUGCACACAAUCGUACGCCUGUUUGUGCGCUCGGCUUUUCUUUUUCUAAAAUAUUGUGCAGAUGUCUUAACAGAGGGAACAUGUGAGAAAGUACCCCGUCGCUCUUUAGCGGUCUUUCUCCAAACACUGUCCUCCUCACUCAGUCGUUACAAGCUGCAGCGCUUGAUCAUCGGUUACAACAACGGUGUUUUAGUAACGCUUCAUCAUAACGCAUCCUUGGAAAACUAUAAUCAGCUCUUAAUUGGUUGCCUUUCCACUUUAGGUCAUGAUGGCUUUUGUAGCAAUAUGAAUUAUCUGAAGAGUUUAUCGCCAGCCCUACUCUUCAUCCUGCUUCAGAAGAUCCUCGAAUUGUAAGAUGAUGCAGACAGGGGAGGCUUUUUUCUUUUCAUCUUUAAAAAAUAAAGUGGUUUAUAUCCACUGAUUUGAUUUAUCUGUUAAGUUAGCAUUAGUGUCCCCUUUAGUUAUGUUGAAAUGGCGUUUACAGUUUCUUUAAAAAGAUCAGAUUUUGAGUUUUGUCUGCUCAUCGGCCCACGUGGAAGUCCAUUGAGACGACUGUUAAGAUGAAGCCAUCCUCAAUCAUCCUCCAGGGGGCGUACGCUCACCUGCGACCAGUUUUUGCCUUUUUCAAAUGUGAUGUCAGAUUUUCACGGACCUGAAAUCUAAUUCCUUGAUCAGCUCUGAGAAAUGCCGCGUCAAGACGUAUCCACUCGAUGUAUCCGAAGAAAAAUUAGACCUGCUGUAUCAGAACUUAACCUAAUGAGUCGUGUUAAGUCAGCGAGUGCAUUUCUGAUAUCUUUUUAUGUGAAUAUGAAAAAUCUGCACUUUUCUCCUGAUCUUGCUGUUACCUGGGGGUUUUGUCCAAAAUGACACUUUUCCCUUUGUCCAUCAGAGUGCAUGCUUUAUGAAUGUGUUACAAUGAAUAGUCUUGUAUCUUUACUUGAAGAAAAAAAAAACAACUGCCCAAGGAUAUCGAAAGCCAAGCAAAGGCCUAGCCCAACUGAAUUCAGUGUGUAAUCAAUUCGACGUGGCUCUGACCAGCAUGUAUACCAAAGUGCUUACCGGGUGGGAUGAAACUAAAACGCUCUACCAAAUGUUGGCAAAGGAACAUGUCGCAGUAUUCUCUACUUCCUGUUAUCAUUUCAAUUUCCAUCAUUGAUCACCCAGUGGACUUUUUCUCAGUGUUUUUCUUGUGAGAAGUCAGAGGAAGCUCCUUUGCUUCUGAUGAGAUUUGCAUGACUGUGACGGCAGGUUUCAGAUCUAUAUCGCUCUCCUUUUGCAAACACUACAUUUAGGCCAAUGCUCCGAGACUCAUCAUAACGAUGCUGCUGAGUCUGGAUCUGGGACUUUGUGUAUCUGGAAAGGGGGAAUGUCUUGUUACCAGAUUUAUCAUCGCCCAGUAUGGCAGUACAGACACUCUCCACCUCUCUUACUGUAUCCUUUCCGACAUGAUUACUGUAUUACACCUCUGUUACGGUCCAAAUCCAUUGUGAAGGACUUCAUCAGUAAAAAGACCUUUUUGCACCACAGCAAACUGUUCAAGAGUAACGAUAUGCCAGCACAGGAGUACCGUUGUAUGAGUUGAUUGUGCCAAAAUGACCUGUUGUAUAGGUUUUUCCUUUUCUUUUUCUUUGAGUAUAUACAUGCUGCUGUAUAAGCAACGAGGGCUUUGGAGAAGAGUCGUGAAAUGUUGGCGCUAAAGCCCAAAGCACGCCUUUUUGAAAAACCAUAAGGGACUGGGACUGAAAUUGAUCUUUGUUUCAAUAAAAUUCUUUAAAAUCCUUAUUUGUGAAAUUCUGAA